AUGUCAGAUUCAAAACAAGGAAAAAGUGAGAAAAAGGGAAUGAUCCUUCCCUUCCAACCAUUGACAAUGACUUUCCACAAUGUCAACUAUUAUGUUGAUAUGCCAAAGGAAAUGCGUUCUCAAGGUGUCCCAGAGACAAGACUACAGCUGUUAUCAAAUGUGAGCGGAGUCUUUUCACCUGGUGUUCUUACAGCUUUAGUUGGAUCAAGUGGUGCGGGGAAAACUACGUUGAUGGAUGUUCUUGCUGGUCGAAAGACAGGUGGAUAUAUAGAGGGAGAUAUUAGAAUCUCUGGUCAUCCAAAAGAACAACGAACGUUUGCUAGGAUCUCCGGGUAUGUUGAGCAGAACGAUAUACAUUCUCCUCAAGUCACUGUUGAAGAGUCACUAUGGUUUUCGGCUAGCCUUCGUCUUCCUAAAGAGAUAAGCAAAGAGAAAAAGAAGGAAUUUGUGGAAGAAGUAAUGAGACUUGUAGAGCUUGAUACUCUGAGAUACGCUUUAGUAGGGUUACCUGGUACAACAGGACUUUCUACAGAACAGAGGAAACGUCUAACAAUUGCGGUUGAGUUAGUAGCAAAUCCAUCAAUUAUUUUCAUGGAUGAACCAACAUCUGGACUUGAUGCAAGAGCAGCUGCAAUUGUCAUGAGAACUGUAAGGAACACUGUUGACACUGGAAGAACAGUGGUUUGCACCAUUCAUCAACCAAGCAUUGACAUUUUCGAGGCCUUUGACGAGAACGAUAUACAUUCUCCUCAAGUCACUGUUGAAGAGUCCCUAUGGUUUUCGGCUAGCCUUCGUCUUCCUAAAGAGAUCAGCAAAGAGCAAAAGAAGGAAUUUGUGGAAGAAGUAAUGAGACUUGUAGAGCUUGAUACUCUGAGAUAUGCUUUAGUAGGGUUACCUGGUACAACAGGACUUUCUACAGAACAGAGGAAACGUCUAACAAUUGCGGUUGAGUUAGUAGCAAAUCCAUCAAUUAUUUUCAUGGAUGAACCAACAUCUGGACUUGAUGCAAGAGCAGCUGCAAUUGUGAUGAGAACUGUAAGGAACACUGUUGACACUGGAAGAACAGUGGUUUGCACCAUUCAUCAACCAAGCAUUGACAUUUUCGAGGCCUUUGACGAGCUGCUUCUAAUGAAACGCGGGGGACAAGUUAUAUAUGGUGGGAAAUUGGGUAAACACUCACAAGUUCUUGUAGAUUACUUUCAGGGGAUUAACGGAGUGCCUGCAAUAUCAAGUGGUUACAAUCCAGCAACUUGGAUGCUUGAAGUAACUACGCCUGCUUUGGAAGAGAAAUAUAACAUGGACUUUGCAGAUUUAUACAAGAAUUCUGACCAGUUUAGGUAA